GCGCUCUCCCCUUUGCUAUAAAUACCGAUCCGAUUCGAAUUGUACCUCACACCUUCUGAUUCUUGUUCUUCUCUCUCAAUCUCAGCGAGUUUCACAGUUGAUCGGAGCUCCGAUUUCAGAUUCCGGUUGGCCGCCGCGAGCUUGUGUAUUCGCUGAUUGAACGAAGUUCGUUUUUCUAUUAAGACAGUUUUCUGUAGCUCGUAAUUCUUGUCUGCUAAUCAUCUUCUUGUGGUGGUAUGGUUUGGAUCCUCGUUUGAUUAUGUUUUGUUUUCUUAGGCAAUGUAAUGAGCAUUUGCCUUUGGCCUGAAUUUUUUUAAUUGGAAAAGAAAAGGGAUUUGGGAUCUUAUACCUUCUGGUUUAGUUCAACUUUUUGUGAGUGGUUCGGUCCUGUUCUUGUUCCCUCUGCAACUACAAUUGUGGAGGUAUAAGGUCUCGAAUUUUCUGUGUUCUGUUCCUUGCGAUUAUUGUCGUUGAAACUCUUGUUGUAUGUUUCUUUUUGGUGCGAGCGAAAUUAAUUCAAAUGAUACUUCGGGAUGGGUCUGGGCAAUGUUGGUUCCUGAUGCUUUUUUUUUUUCCUUGUCUGGUGUUAUGUUUUGAUGAUGUAUCUUGAUUUAUCUAUCGAUCAUGGUUUUGAUGUCUUGAAAUGGAGUGUUAUAUGAUUUUAUGAGUGGGAAUGUGAAUGACUGAAUACUAACCAUCCCACCCCACACGAUGCUAACACUCGUGAACCAGGGAAGUGAAAUUAGAUCAGAGUAGUUUUAAUUGUGACUUCCAGACUUCACCCUGACCCCAUUAUUGGCUUAUUCCGCGCUUUAAAUUAAGCAUUGAACAUGAAAAAUGGCGAUUUUUGUUACAGAAUCGUUUUAAAUGCACGGGCUGAUGGCCAAAACUAAGCAACAAGUUGUGGUAUUUUUAUUUGGAUGUUCUUUACCAAAUAUUCGGGAUUCUCUGGCUUUCUCUAACUAACUAGGUCGCUGGUGAUACCUGCUAGAAACCUUUCCCACUUCCAUAGUACUAGAUACCUCUGCUCGGCGAGUGAUUUUAUUUUUUAAAUUUAAUUAUGAGGAGUAGUGGGGAGCUGGGAUGGUAGCCAGUGUCGUAGAUGUUCUUCAGCUUUCUGCAUUAGACUUGGAACAGUUUCAAUUACCAAUUACAAAUAAAUUUUAGAUAUCUGCUUCUGGGUGGUCUUGGAUGUUGGAUUUUUGCCUGCGAUCUUCAACAAGCCUUGAUGUUGGACUAUGAGCAGUAGUUUGAAGUUCUGGACGUGUUUUUGCUUCUUCAACGUGUUCCAGAUGGCCUUGACUAUUUUGAGGCUCUCGGUGACCAUAAGAUUUCUACGUGGUUCCCUGAUAGCGAGCAUGUGAGACCUGUAGGUGCAGAUACGUGGGCAUUAUAUUUAUUUAACUGGAUGUCCUUGGUUACAUCACCCAUUCCUCUGAUUGUAGGAUCGGCUACACAGAUUGAGACGUUCACCCUAAGAUUUCAUAUCCUUACAUCUAGUAUAUAAUUAUUGAAGUGAAUCAAAUUGCUGAUGCACUCUCAACUAUCUCUUUGAUACACAAUAGUUGUUUCUGCCCUCAUUUUGUCGAUCAUCUUUCUAAUGAACCUCUGGUUUCCCUCCUGCACCUUGCCCUCUGAAACAAGAUUCAGUAAGUAAGAAGUUGUCGGCCACCUUCAAGAAGAGUUAUAAAUUCAAUUUUGCCAAUCUGGGAAAAUGGUUAUCUUCUUUUUGGUUGUUUGGCUCUCAGUAUCUAUUAUGGUAAUGAAGAAACCGGCUGAAUGCAAAAUAGCAGUGUAUUUGAUGAAGGAAAGCCUGUAGGCUAUCAGACAGAAAAUAAUAGAUGGGUAAGUUGGGUUCUUGAAGGAAACUGAAUGCGGAGUUGCAAUUUGAGGUAGGCUUGUCCUUUUGGACAAUUAAACCAGUAGAUGUAUUUAAUGUUUCACCUUUUUUUUUUUUUUGAUAUUCGUUGGAACACAUUUGAUUGGGUAUGUGUUGCUCUUACAAUAGGUUGAUGCAUCUACUGAUUGACCCUGUUUAGUGGGAUUUUCAUCCGGAGUCUUCAACAAAGCAAGUGAUCAUGAUGUGCAAUUGGUCACUAUUCAAAGCUGGAGGCUCUGGAGUUCCCCAGUGCUGCCUUGUAGUUAUUAUAUGGGUCUGCUAUAACUGUUCUUUUUUGGAUGAACUCUCCUCUUGGAGUUAUGAUGAUUGGAGCUGUACAACCUUUCUUGGAUUAUUUGUUGCUGAUGUGAUGUGGUCUGCAGCAGUAUAGAAGAAAACCAACAGUGUCAUGGCCUGUUUGACGGGUGAUUAACAUGCCUUUUGCUGGCUUUAGGAUGUUUGCUAAAAUCCUUCCUAUAUGCAGGUGCUUUAAGCUUGUUUCCAGAUUCAACAUUGUGUUGCAUUGGAGGAUACUAUUUUUCCAUGGCAGAGGUUGCAACUUAUUCCAAGCCUCAACAAAUUGGGACAGAAGAAAAUCAACAUAUGACAUGCAGGGGAAAGGAGAUAAGAACCAUGUACACGGAGCAGUUAGAUUCUCAGUAUUUGACUUUUGAGAAAUCAAAUGACCCCAAGGAAUUGUUGGAGAUGGGACAUAUGCAAUAUGGAUGUGCACAUUAUAGGCGAAGGUGCCGCAUCAGAGCUCCUUGUUGUAAUGAGAUCUUUGAUUGUCGUCAUUGCCAUAACGAAAUAAAGAAUAGUAUUUGUGUUGAUCAGAAAGAAAGGCAUGAGAUCCCACGCCAUGACGUCAAUCAGGUUAUAUGCUCACUUUGUGGAACUGAACAGGAGGUUCGACAAGAAUGUAUAAACUGUGGUGUGUGUUUCGGGAAAUAUUUCUGUGAGACAUGCAAGCUGUUUGAUGACGAUACAUCUAAGAAGCAGUAUCAUUGUAAUGGCUGUGGAAUUUGUAGGAUUGGGGGGCGUGAGAACUUCUUCCACUGCCAUAAGUGUGGUUGCUGCUAUUCAAAUGUUAUAAAAAAUAGUCACCCCUGCAUUGAAGGAGCAAUGCACCAUGACUGUCCUGUUUGCUUUGAGUAUCUAUUCGAUUCUACAAACGAUGUUACCGUCAUGCCAUGUGGACACACUAUCCAUCAAAAUUGCUUGAAGGAGAUGAGAGAUCACUUUCAAUAUGCUUGCCCCCUCUGCUCCAAGUCUGUUUGUGAUAUGUCUAAGGUGUGGGAAAAAUAUGACAUGGAAAUUGCAGCUACUCCAAUUCCAGAACCAUACCAAAAUAAAAUGGUUUGGAUUCUCUGCAACGACUGCGGUAAGACGUCGAAGGUGCAGUAUCAUAUUGUGGCUCAGAAGUGCUUAAACUGCAAAUCCUACAACACCAGACAGACCAGAGGCUAAGUAUGUGGAUAUGGAGGCCACAUCCCAACAUCCUGCAGCUCUGAAAUGCUUCCAUCUGGCUAUUCAAGCUCCAUUUCCAGCUGUGACUUUUUCAGAAGAGCCACACUCGUCAUUGUCGAGCGAUGGGAACAACAUGGUUCUGCAGCGUCCUUCACUCGGGGAAAGACGAUAUCAUGUCACUUUCACUUGAUCGCGCAUUUUUUCUGUUCUUUGUUUGGUUGAUAUUUUGUAUUCUAUUUCUACCUCUAUCAUUAUAUUUGUUGGUGCCUGUAUUUGUUGUAUUUGUCCCCUCGCUUAGAAGACAACUUUGUAUUGUAAACAAGGGCAGUAAAUUGCAUUGCAUUGCAUUUGAUUUGGUCUUCA